CUAUUACCUACUUCUUGCUAUCAAUAACUUCAUAUAAGAACCUACUGAUAAACUUACCCAUUGUCACACUCACAAAUUACGUAUGUUCUUUAUUCAAAGAAGAUCAUGUCGGUCACCAGAACCACAAGGAAACUGGUUUUAUGUAACUAGCCAUUCGUAGCAGUAAUUAAUAUGGCGCGAAACUUGUAGGAUCACAGAUAUAGAUAGAAAUUAUACAAGCUCUAAGAUUCAUCAUGUUCAUACAUUCAUUGAUGCAAGUUGUUUACUAUAAUGCACACGUGGGUACAUACAGAUGGGGCAUUCCCACUCAUAGCACGCGCCGGAGAUAUCCCUAUGAAAACAUUUGGGAUUCUCUUAGUAAUACGAGGCCGUAUUCAUCAGACCAGUGACAAGACUCCCCCAGUGACUUUCAGAUCGACCGGUCGGAAGUUGGAAGCCACCUGCAUUCAGUGGCUUCCUGAGACUCUCAUCAGGUCGUCGUUGUAGGUUUCGGUUGUAGUUGGCCUCCAUUCGAGAAAAUAUCGGCCGUGGUUUUCCAGAGUUAUGUACCCCGCCACUGUCACUGCAGCAGUGCAGCAUGCUAAUUCACUGGAGUAUGACAGCGACUUCAGUUUGCUUGCGGAUCUUCUCAUUUCUGAUUCGAUGUCGCAACGAAACACUGAGCCCUUUCUAUAGCGCACAGAGUGACACCGAGUCUUUUAAUAAGAUCUAUAGUUAGAGACCCCGUUUCAGUUCCGUAGGUCAUCAGUCAUCACUGGUAGGUAUCAUAUACGGAUUAAUAUAGACUUCGUCUUGCGGUACUGAGGCAUUUUAGACGAGAAGAUGGUAUUCAGUCUAACCAUAUCACGUCCAAAAUGUAAUUUAUGUAGGUACUAUUGCAGCUAAUCCAACCCUUUGUAAAAUACUAGCUAAGUAUUUCUAAUUAUUAUUGCUCAUGUCCGAUAAUAAACGGAAAGUAGAGUGUUGGUGGUGUGGUAUAUGAGUACUGGACGGUAUGAGGACAGGUUAAUACGAUUACCAGCAAAAGGUGUGGAAGAUCGUGACAUUAAAUUAAUGAUAAUUAAAAAAAAGAAAACCAAUUGUCUGUGUGUAAUACAUACAUACAUACAUAGCGACUUCACUAACUUUUUUAUAAACUGUCGUUUAGUCAAAACGUUGGACGUUACAUUUAACAAUGUGACGAGUUAUUUAUUCUUUAGUCAUUCCAUAAAAUAUCUGAUUAAACCGGAUGACUGCGACAUAUCCACCGUAUUCAUACGUCUGGGGUUCAAGAUUGGGCGCAGUGCGCAGGUGCGACUUUAUCGACCGGGAGGCCGACAGAGGCGCUUUAUGUGAUUUCACUUUGACUUCCGCGGCUGAUACCCGCUGUGUAUAAUUGUAUAUUAUUUAGUAAUUAGCGCCACGGAUACGUAGCGAGGUGUCACCGCUGGCUUAGGACAGCCACAAUCCACAUAGAUGGACGGCGGCGAUACGGUCACCCGUGCACUCGAUCUAAGAAUACGUAAAGUGAAGAUCCGCGAGUGUUUCCAGGAAAGAGAGUGAGGUGUGUGUGCAGUGCAGGAUGCGGCUGCGACUGUGGUCGUGGUGGGCGGCGCUGGUGCUGGGCGCGGUGCGGGCGCGCGAGCUGGACCCGGCCGCCUGCGCCUCGCGCUUCGACGUGCAGCGCGAUAAGAUCAUCCGCACGGAAGAGUCGCGCGACAUGGGCGCGCGCUACCUCUCCGAACUUGACGUGGGCGCGCGCUCCGAGUGCCUGCGGCUCUGCUGCGAGACCGACGCUUGCGACGUAUUCGUUUAUGAGGAAAAGGGCCCCGGCAGCUGCUACCUGUUCAACUGCGGGCCGCCGGAGGACUUCCGCUGCAAGUUCACGGCGCACAGCAACUUCAGCAGCGGCGUGCUGGCCAUCAGCCGGCGGCUGGCCGAGCUGCAGGACCAGGAGCGCCUCGCGCACCAUGAACAAGAGCUCGCCAAUCUCAGGAGCGGCGGCAGCAGCAGCACGGCGCGAACGACGGCGGGCAGCACGGUGCCCCCCGCCCCCGCGCCCGCGCCCCCGCCGCCGCGCCCGCCGCCCCCCGCGCCGCGCCCCACGCCGCCCCAUGAAGCCGAAUCUCCGUCCAGUGUCAUACGUGGCGCCCGAGCUCGGCUGCCCGCCCCCGCCCCCCGCGCCCCUCCUUCAACCACACACAAGCCGCUGCACCAGGAACGGCUGGCGGCGGAAGCGGUGCUGACGGGAGAGAACGCGCCUGCCGGGGAGGGUGUACUGGCCGGGGAGGGCGUGCCGGCCGAGGGCGGUGCGCUGCCCGAGCGCUGGCCGCAUCGUCUGGCGCAGGCGCAGCCGCCGCGCCGCUAUAGUGAGGCGGGGGCCAGCUCACAUAUCUUCAGCCACAAGGGCGGGCUGCUGCAGGAGCCGGAGGGCGGCGCCCAGUUCCCGGCGUUCGAGCCGCCCUGGCCGCGUCGCGCUUGGCCGCCCGCACCGCCGCAGCCCAACGGGCACCCGCGGCCUGUACCCAGCACCGUCAUGCUCAGGACGCCCCGAAGGACCGACAAUUUCUACGACGGAUACAAGUUCCCGCUACAAGUUGUGCGGCAACUGGCUGCCCGGCAACGUGUGGCGGGCGCAGAGGGCGCGUGGGGCGGCGCGUAUUGGCCCGAACCCGACCCGCGCCGCGCCUGGCCCGUGCCGCGCGCAGACCAGGAGAUCCCGGUGUACAUUCCUCCGAAGACUAUGCCUGAAAUCCCGGUGGUGUACUCGAGUCAGCAACAGACGCUGCGCGACAGCCCUAAGAAAGGCUUCGAGCUGCUGAACAAGGAGAGCACGGAGCCGCCGCCUGCGCCCCGCCCUGCGCCUCCGCCCGCGCCCAAGCCAGUGCAGGCGAACAAGUCCACCGAGAGCGCAGACAAGAAGGUGUCGUCAGCGGCGGCGCACGUGCACUACCCGGCCGACGAGCACGGCGAGCACGACGAGCACGACGGGCUCAGCGAGCACCCCCCCGCCGCCAUGAUGCUGCUCGUACUAGGCCUGUUCAUGCUGACGGCGAUCCUGGGCAUGUUGACGUGCCGGGCGCGCGCCGCGAUGCGCCGCCGCCGCGGCCGCGGGAAGUCUCCGUUCGCGCACGACGCCGACUACCUCGUCAACGGCAUGUACUUGUAGCGGCGCGCCACGCUCACGCGAUAUCAUAUUAUACUAAUUAUAAUAUCUAUUUAUAGUUUUGUGUAGAUUAACAUUUCUAAAAUAAAAUACCUAUAUUUUUACUAACUGUCCUUUUUUAUUGGGUCCCCACUAGUCCCCA